AAAGAAGAACAACGAAGUGGACAGCCAAAAUUCCUCCCCAUCGAAACCAACACAAGCAUCCGUCGAUCGUUUCUGCCUAUUUCCCCCCAUUGAUCCGAGCAUGUCGCCGAGAAGGUCGUUGUCGAAGAAAUCGACCGUGACGGUCGUCCACCCAAAGAGCGGUCGGUCGAUGGAUCUAUCCGGAGAGGAACUCGAUGAGUUCUGCAGGGGGCACGGUCUCUGUCGUCGUUGCGCCAGGGUAAUUACCCACAAACGAGUGUUCAAGUUGUUUGGAACGAACCAUCCCAAAUGGGAGCCCCUCACGGUACUCAAACCGACGACCGCCGCAGAUGAGUGGAACAACAACGGGGACAACAAAGGGGGUAAUCAGGGGGGAAACCACGGGAACGUCGAGCAAUACAAAAAGAACGAUGAAAUCGACAACGACGAGGAUGAUUCCUAUCUUGUCUACAAGGGUUAUUGCUUGGGCGAGGGCUGUUACACCAUGAAAGAAGCCAGAAGGCUACUGGGAGAAACGGGGGACAAAAAUUCAAGGUACAACAAAGAGAACAGCGGCUGGAGAUCCAGAAUGACCAAAUCGACCCGUUUUAAAAAGAAGAACCCGAAGCGACCAGGGAAGCGCCGCACCAGGACGAAUCCGGAAACCGGUUCCGUGGUCACCAAUGCGGCCUCGUUGUCUUCUCUGAGGUCUUCGUCGUCGUCGAGUAUAGUAACCACGAGCAGUGCCAGCACUAGACACAGCAUCAUUAGCGGAAUGUCGGGCCUUUCUGGAUUUUCGGGGAUGAGCGGCAGUGUGAAGAGCACCAGGCGCAGCGGCCGAUCACGUCGAUCAACACAAAGGUCAAGCAGUAGAUCUUCCUCCGAUGACGACGACGACGAACACAACCGCAAGGAGUUCUCCUCGGAGAAAAAUGCUGUCUCUCACAUUGUCGUUGAACGGUUGGAGAAGUUGGUUUCCUACGAUUAUUUUACUGUGUUGGACCUCAGCAACAUCGAUAUGAGCAAUUCGUCCAAAAGUACCAAAAACGAGAGCAAUGCAAACCUCGAUGCUCUCGUCAAAGCAAUCGGAAUCGCAAAAACACUCAAGGCGGUUGUUUUGGAAAAAUGCGGACUCGGAGACGAGGGCCUCGAGAAACUUGCUGGUGGACUCGAGCAACAAAUCGUGACGACGUCGUUGCACAAAAGCAAGAGUGCCGAUGCCGGCGACGUGCUGCUUCCGAGCAUCCUGCGGUUGCGGGGAAACCGCAUCGGAAACAGGGGUGUCCAGGCACUUGAAUUUUUGUUCCGCUCCUCGUCGACCCUGAAGGAAGUGGACCUGAGCGACAAUCACAUCGGGAGCAAGGGUGCCUGCUCGUUGUUCGAAUCCCUCGCGCAAAAUCCAAACGGAAUCCCCCUGUCAGUGCUCAACCUUUCCCAAAACGAGAUCUGGGAGCUCUCGUCCCCCAUGGAGAACAACAAUGCGUCUACUUUUUUGUACACCAACUCGACACUGAAGGAACUCAACCUGGAUGGGAAUUUGUUGCACGACGGGGGUGCCGAAUUCAUUGCCCAAUCCAUACGAUCAAAUCGCAGAUGCGCUCUCAAGAGACUCCAUCUGGGCUGGAAUGCAAUCGGUGACGACGGCGUCCGGGCACUGGGCAAAGCUCUCGAAUCGAAUACGAGUCUCGAGGUCCUUGGACUGGCAGAAAACGAUAUCACAAACACCGGGGCAAGGGCCCUGCUAGCGGCAUUAGCUGUCAACACAAGCGUCAAAGAAAUUAGCGGCCUCUAUCACAACCCCAUCGAGCGCAAAUUCAUCAUCGUGGCCAUCAAACGAUUGUUGCACCGAAAGAGCAGCGUCAGGGGGGACAAGAACAAUACCGAUCCCGCCAGAUCAUUGGCAAAUUCUGAACACUCUGCGGCGGCCGCAGCUUCGACCAGAACGGGGGCUACGACGGCAGCCGACAACGAAGAUUACGAGGACAGCGAAGAAAUGAUUGUUCCACUCAAGCCAGCCGCGUCCAACAAAGCUGUUGUCGUCGUUGACGAUGGUUUUUCCCGUUUGCAACGGUCAUACGAAGAGACCGCCAGAUCAUCCCAGGGUGGAGACCAUCACACACAUGCGAGCACCGCAUCGCAUUCCGGUGGCAGUCUAGCAUUGGAGGCGAUCGAAAACUGGGACUGGGGUACGUUUGGAAUCGAGGAAAUCGAACGCAAAAUAUCGGGGGAUCUAGAUGACAAUAUCGAAGUCCAGGUGGACGGUUAUACCGAUCCGUCAUCGGCAAAGGAUUCCGCUCUGAGUAACUCAAAUACAAAGAGAGGACUUUC